AUGCAAUAUGGCUUCGGCCCGGCCAGCCAAGUGACACGUGAGGGCAGCUCGACCUGUACCGUCUCAAGACUUCCUUCGAAAUCCAUAAUAGACGUGUGCUGCGAGAAUCCAGUGGGCUUACGUAACCCCAGGCCCUUCGAAUCUGUAUUCACAGUCUCGGAAAACGACUACAAGAACACAUUUAAAUGUCGCGAACCUACCGAUUACUGA